AUGCCUAAGAACGUUAAUUCGGUCAUCUCUACAGUUAGAAGAAGACCAAGUGUCGAUAUGUCGACCAGCCAGAUCGCAUGUCUUCUGAAGAAGGGUUACACAGCUGCCAAAAUAGCACAUCACUUUACUUGUUCAGCAGGCACCGUAUUCGGAUAUGUCAUGAAUUUGAUCAGAGGCCAACAAAGAGCUAGUCACAUUACUGGGAGAUCGGUUCACAAUCAGAGACAAGAGCGACUAUGCCGUGACGUUCACAAACAGGUGACUGAAACAUUUUACAAGGAGCUUUAUGCCUUUGAGGAUGACGGUAUCCUUGAUGUAACGAAUAGACAGCACAUUUAUGCUUUGCAUUUCGUUUAUGUUCCGGAAAUAAACCGUCGACUGACAUCUUUUCGAUUAGGUUGGAAUUGUCACAGAACGAGAACAGAAGGAAACCGUUCGCCUGAACAAAUAUUGAUUGAUGGUAUUAUAACAGUGCCUAAAUUACCAUACUUUUCUUCAAGUCUGUAUCAAUUUUAA